AUGAACGGCCUCACCUAUGACCAGAUGGCUAAGAACGCUGUCCCAGUGAACUACGAGGGACAGUUUCAAUUUGACGUUGUCUUGAACAAGGCGUUGGGUCUACUCGAAGAAACUUUGGAUCCUAUUCAAAACGGCAUACCGUUCGUCCUUGGUAUUGCCCCGAUGGCCCCACAUCUUGAAGUUCAGAUCGCGGACAAACAAUUCACGGAGCCACUGUCAGUACCGAGAAAGGGGCAGGAAGGCGAAACGCGCCGUUUCGUGGUUGAAGGAUCUGGAAGAGCUGAAAAACACUAUAUAGACCACGUACAUCGACAACGCCUCCGUGUACUUCAACCUGUUGAUGAACUCGUCGAAGCGAUCGUUGAAAAGGUCGAGCAAGCUGACCCCAAAGUGUCCGACAAUACCUAUAUUACCCACACAUCCGACAAUGGUUAG